AUGCCAUCGCACAGGCAGGAGCUCGAAGCGCUUCUCCGGAUGGACCAUUCUAUCAAGUACAUUUGCGUCCAAUGGACCGACUACUCUGGCGUCCUGCGCGCCCGCUUCAUCCCAAUUUCUCGCUGCCUCGAGAUCGCUAGUGGCAGCGAGACCGACAUGGUUUCUGCGCCCCGACUGGUCGUCCCUGCGGCCAUGCGGCUUUCAGGCCGGGCAUGCGACCGUCAUGAGCUUUGUUGA